CGCCGAUACGAAAAAACGAGGAAGUUCUUCAAUCACAACAUGGCGUGCGGUAAAGUGACCUUUUUGAUAAUUUUUGUUAUAUUCGGUGCCUUUUUAAAUGUAAAUGGACAAAAAACUGUUAUUGAACUAAACGAGGAAAAUUGGACUGAAAUACUCAAAGGGGAAUGGAUGGUGGAAUUUUACGCACCAUGGUGCCCAGCUUGCAAAGGUUUAGAGAAUAAGUGGAAAGAAUUUGCUGAAUUAGGCCCUGGGUUGGGGAUAAAAGUAGGUGCAGUUGAUGUGACAACUUCACCAGGCUUGAGUGGACGUUUUAUGGUAACUGCCUUGCCAACAAUUUUCCAUGUGUUUAACGGAGAAUUUAGGCAGUAUAAAGGAACAAGAGACAAAGACUCGUUUAUUACUUUUAUCGAUGAGAAGAGAUGGGAGCAAGUCGAGCCGGUGCCGAGUUGGAAGUCGCCAAAUUCAAUCCAGAUGGGUAUAGUGUCGUCGUUUUUCAAAUUAUCACAAACGUUGAGGCAAAUACACAAUAAAUUAACUGAGGAAUAUGGAUUACCCACUGUUGGCUCGUACUUGAUAUUUGCUAUUGCUACUAUUAUCCUGGGGGCACUUUUGGGUUUGAUCUUGGUGUGCGCCAUCGAUCUGAUUUAUCCACCUAAGCCACUGGUCUUGAUCAAAAAGGAAAAUAAAAAGAUUGAAAAAGACAGCGGCGACGAACUAGACGACGAGGAUAUUAAGGACGACCUUGUCGAUGACGCCAGCCAGUCGGGCGGCGAUCAUAAUUCCGGCACCGACUCGGAAACGCAAAAUUCCGGUGAGGCUCCCGCCACGAAGGCAAAAAGGCGCAAGAACAGGAGGCUCGACAUGUGAUGACGAAGUACGUAACUUUGAGAUAAUUAAAAAUUGUGACCGUUUGUAUCCCGCAAUGCAAACAAUUACUGACUUCAAGGCAUUUGUUUUUUUUAGUACUUCCGUUUUGUUUACGUAACAUAUUUCAGAGGUAAAAAUUGGCUUGAGACUAGAGUACAUCAAUUAACGUUUCCCUUAAUCCGUUCCUAUUUAUUUGUAGUUAAAUGUUUCGCUCUAAUAAUACUAGUUAUAUAAUAUUGAUACCGCAAAAUAAUUUUGUUAUGGAUACUGGAAUUGUGAUGGAAAAAAAUUGUUUAAUAAAUUAUUUGUGACAUUUUUCGUGGAUGAAUAAUAGGAUGUUGAUAUUUUGAGUCGAUAAACUAUAUCCGCACUAAGUAUCGUGCUAGGACUAAGUAGUUUAAAUUAAUGUCUGGAUAACUCGUUUUCUUGAUUUUAUCGAUACAAAUAUGUUUUUCUAUAACAAAAUUUAAUCGUUAUAUGCAAGUAUUAUGUAUUUCUCGUCGUUUACUCCUGUACGGUACUUAGUUUGAAUGUGGUUCCUAUUUUUGUUGGAGACGAUAAAAUGUCGAUAUUAUGCGAUGGACUUUGUACUGUUUAAAAAAUGUACAUACACACGCCGGGCAAACAGUAAAUCUGUCGAGUAAUCGUUUGAAGCAAAUUUCCUCAAAAGUAUAAUGCUGCGAAGGCCUAUCGUAUACGUUAUGGUAAAAAUUAAAUUUUUGGACUUGGCAGCUUGUUAGUUCCUUUUUUGUUUGUUUAUCUCUGGUGUGUAUGGACGUAAGAGUUGCUAGUACGGAUAUUUAUUCAUUCCAAGUGGUUGUGUAAAUUUUUUGGACUUUAUUGUUUGCUUGUAAAUUUUAUAUAUAAAGUGUACAGUUUUCUUUUUACUAUUUCUUAAUAAAAUAUUUCUAUAAACAAA